AUGAAGAAGGCACCAGGGCUCAUCGCACUACUCUCCUGGCGGUGCGCCGCCGCCGCCGCAGCCUCUUCCAUCCAGACCAAAAGGCAGAAUCCAAACACCAUCUAUCCGCCCUGCACACAAGACGGAUACAAGCACUUCUUGAUCCGGAACUGGCAUAGCACAACAUACAACGACAGCACCGAAGUCUUCACCUUCGAGCUCCAAGCCAAUUUCAGCGGGUACGCAGCGCCGUGCCACGGGACGCGCAAGGGCGACGACAAUAGCGGAUGGACAUCAUGCGACGGCGAUAAAGAUAAUACCUCGGACCCGAGAUUCGCCGUCUCUUUCGAUUUCUCGUCCAACGACUACCUCAGCGUCAACCACACGUACAUAUGCGACCGCGGCGACACCGAAACAGACCCGCACAACCGCCUCGCAAACGUUCUCGCGACGGGCGACGGACGACUACAAAUCGGGCUCGUCGACACGCCCGAGGGCCAUUUCACAGGCACCGAAGGGGAUAACAUGACCAUCGCAGCGUACCCCGAAGUCGCGCAUCGCCUACCGAAAGCCGACUGCGCAGCAGCAUACGAUUUCAGCGAAUGGGAAGUACGAGAAUUCAAAUUCGGCGCUCGGAUGCAAGCCGGCAACCCGUGGAUCAUCGGAACAACGGUAGCAAGUAUCAAUUACGACUUGUAUAACGCGGCGAUUGAUUAUCUGAUCAAUUGCCAAGGCGUUAACGACUCGGUUGCCGCGUUUCCGAAUAACCCGGAUCUGAUCAAUCCGAAAACGCGGUUCCCGUGUCCGAUUAACUACCGCGAUGACUUGAUUCCGCCCGAAGCGUAUCCGAAGACUGGGUUUAAGUUUGAUAGGCGGUCGAAUGAAGUAUCUAUUGAGCAGCAGUGGGAUUGUGAGGAUGAUGACGGGAAUGAGUAA